AUGGCCCUUACAAGGCAACGUCUUCUGACACUUGCUUUCGGUGAUAUGGAAACGAUCCGAAUGCUGCCAAACACCUACAUUGAGCUGGAUGCGCAGGCGCGCGACUGGAUCAAGCCCCCACCAGAUGCUAUCUUCAGCUUGCGCGUCCCAGUCGAAUAUGCGUCACUACAUGCAGCGCGAUUGGUUGCAGGGCCGUAUAUUUAUUUGACCGGUGAGGACUCGUACCAGAUUGCAACCAUGGGAGUGCAAGGCCUCAGAGUAGAGAUUGUCAGCGAUGGUCCCCCGCCGCCUGAGGAUGAACCUCCACCGCCUCCCCCUCCACCUGUUCUAGAGAUGCCCGCAACGUUCAGUCUGGAAAUGGCUCCGGGACAGCACGUGGCGCUGGAUACUUUGGUCUCGUCGGACGAACUAGAUAUGGCACGGAUGGAGGACGGCACAACUGUAGAUGGGUCCUUCUGGGGAAAACUUGACAUUGUGCAUGACGGCGAUACACACAAGAUGGAUUUCAGUGGGACACGUUUAUCCAACACCCAGGAAGUCACUCAAGAUUUAAUGGUCGAUUCUCGUGUUCUCGGAAAGCUGGCCGUCGCAGCAAAACCUGCCACUGCGAAGUGCCAUCUGCAUAUUCUCGCACCUGCUCAGCAAUAUUGUGAUGUUACCUUGUCAUUUUCCCCAUUCUGGAAGCUUGGUAUAACAUGGCCUCCGGCGGAACCCCUUGGGGAAAACAAAGUGAAGUAUUUCCUGCGCGUGCAUCCUGGUGGUGCACUUGAACACUUCGAAACGGAAAUGAACGCCACAGCGUUGUAUUAUGAGGCGACACCUGAACCUGGGAUGGUUGAUCCGACCGAGUUCAUUGCGCCUAGAAAUGGAUUUGCGAUGUCGUUCAGGGAUUUUGUGCCACAUCUGAUGGGUGUACUAGACCAGCUUGGGAUGUCACUCCAAGCUCGCACUAAUUUUAUUAAUAACAAUCUGUCAUCUUUCGCUGCACAUCGCAAUAUCGCUUAUCGCUUCAUGUCCCCUGGCAAGAUCGCGGCCGCUAUCGACAUCUCGGUUACCGUUGAGAACUGUAUCUUCACUCGCCUGUUCCUAAUGUAUCGCGGAAUCUCGGAAGAUGACCUCGGCCUAUUUGCGGGCGCUGGGGAGAAGGAGGCAAACUCCGUGAACUGGCGCGAGGUCGUCGGCUGGUCUGAACUAUCCAAGGACCACACACAGUUCCGAGUGUUGGAGACCUCUGUGCUCGAGGUAACAUAG